AUGGAAUGGGUUUUGUGUCUGCCCGCGGGUUCCCCGCGACCGGAGAAUCGGGGACCUGAGUUUGCUGCCCAUGAGGGGCUGCUUUCAGCCAGAGGCUACAGCUGGGGGAGGGGGUGGCAGAUGCCCCGGGAACCUGGGACCAUCUGGAGGAUCGGAUGGAGGAGAUCUCGAUGGGAACUCUGCUCUUGGGCAGGAUCUGGAGCCCCCUUUCCUGCUCCAACUCUACCCCCACUGACCUCGCAGCCCCACUUUCGGUCCAGCCCGACCAUCCUACCCCUUCGGCAGGUUGAUGGUGACGAGUGUGGGCUGUGGAGUCCAGUCGCCUGCAUUAAGAUCCUGGCUCCACUGUCUUCCAGCUGUGUGGCUUUGUGCCAG